AUGAGCCCCAGUAAAAAUAAAAAUAAAAACAAGUUCGACACCAAGGUCGCGACACGGUGCGAGCACAACUUUGCACAGGAGAGCAAGAAACCCGCUCGAACAAUGUCCGCCCCGUCAUGCGCCGUCAAGGGAGAAGUUGCAUACUCACCACUCAUGUUGGAGGGACCCGAGGAUCCGCUUCGUCGAGAACCCGUCGUGUCGACUUCGAACAAGGCCAAGCAAAACGCGACGCCCGAGUCAGCGCCUCGGGUCGCCCGAACGGCACCAAAAGUCGCAGUCGACUCGUCCGAGGAGACGGCUCGAAGGGGUUGCCCCGGUGGAUCGAUCUAUCGAUACCGAACCGUGACCACGCAACUCGACCGUGCCUUGAGGAACGAUGUUGGGAGGCCGGCAGCCACGGAUGCGCCACGACCACUCGCGUCACCACACCUCUUCCUCCUCAUCUCAACUCGAUCAGGAUGAUCACCCAGCUGGUUCCACGGCUAUAACACCCGUCAACAUCUUGGCUUGUUUUAGAGAGUCGCCUCGUCUUUGUGUGAAUCAGUGUUUGGUUGAUAAGCUCAAGCUGUUGAGGGAGGAGAGGUUCUUGCUUUACGGCAGUGAGUUUGACGCGGUGGGCAGGGAGGUGGGGGGGUGGCAAGGCAGAGGGGGUGACGCGCGUUUGCGAGGGGACUGAACUAGCAGACUUUCAUCAAGAUGGUUCCAUACUCACGAAGUCUUCGUUUCUUCAGGUGCUCAUCCCAAAGCCAUCUCUUACGCCACGGCUAUCAGCGUCAUCAUCGGCACACCUUGGAAGAUCCGGACGGCCGAGCAGGCCAGAUCUUUGCCCAAAGUCAGUCUUUCAACCCUGAAUGUGAGAGUGAAGACGUUCUUGAUCCAACCGUUGUUAUCUUCCUCCCCAGGUCGGCGAGAAAAUCGUAACCAAGAUUGAAGAAUACCUCCGCACGGGCGAGAUCGACGAUGCAGGUGAGUCCGUGUCCUCACCUCAAGAAGUUCAUCGUUCCUGGGUGAGGAUUAACCGACUUUGCUGCUGUUGUCGGAAAACACAGUUCGAGUGGGAAACAACUCGAAAGUCCUGGCUUUGAAGGACAUGUCGGCAGUUCAUGGAGUUGGUCAGUCGUGGAAGCGGACACCGGAAGCCAUGAUCAUCAAUCACGCUCUGAACAUUCCGCUCGUAUUUUGCAGGCCACGUCAUGGCGAACAGCCUCUAUACCAAAGGACUGCGGUCUCUCCAAGAGAUGCGUGAUUCAAAACAAUGGGAAAAGGAAUUCCAAUGGCAUGAUGAUAUCCAACAAAAGUCCGUUCUUGAUUGAGCCUUUAGCGAAAACUCGGUCGUAUUGACCCAUUCGAGCUUUCUAUCCGGAACAGAAUGCCGCGGCAUGAAGUCGAGUCGAUCCAUGAGUUCAUCAAAAUCCAGAUCGAAAAGGUCGAGCCGGGAGCGACGACCUUGUUAUGCGGAGGGUCAGUCCCGAACGUGUUUCACUAUGAUCCUGACGCAUCCGCUUACUCACGAUGAAUCCUCGUCUUGAUGACGACAGCUACCGCCGAGGCAAAGAGCUCUCGAACGAUGUCGACAUCCUCAUCACUUACGCCGAGAACGACGGCAAAGAACGUGGUGUCCUAGCCAGGCUCGUCGAGCGACUACGCGUAAAGGGUCCGAUCUUCAUCCCGAGACCCCUAUCUCCCAAACCUCUCUUCUGAUGAUCCACCCCUCCCUCUCAGGUUUCAUACCCCCCGACGGCGUACUGUCCCUCCACACCAGAAAGUAA